AUGUCUGAAAAACUUGCACUUUUGAGCGUCUCUGACAAAACUGGACUCGUAGAUUUUGCUAAGAAAUUAAAAUCAUUGGGAUUUACCCUCAUCGGAUCUGGAGGUUCUGCAAAAGCAAUUCGUGAUGCUGGAAUUCAAAUUACCGAAGUAUCUGAUAUUACCGGCGCUCCAGAAAUGCUUGGCGGACGUGUUAAAACUCUUCAUCCGGCAGUACACGGAGGUAUAUUAGCAAGAAAAACGGAUGGAGACAUGCAAGAUAUGAAAAGGCAAAAUUAUAAGUACAUAAGUGUUGUUGUAUGUAAUUUGUACCCCUUUGAAGCAACCGUUAGAAAACCUGGUGUGGUACUAGCAGAUGCCAUUGAAAAUAUUGAUAUUGGUGGAGUAACAUUAUUAAGAGCUGCUGCUAAAAAUCAUGAUCGUGUUACAGUAAUCGUAGAUCCAAAAGAUUAUGAUUUAGUUUAUGAAGAAUUUAGAAAAAACAACGAUUCAACAUUGAAAACUAGGCAAGCAUUAGCUUUAAAGGCUUUUACUCAUACCGCCAAAUACGAUGACGCCAUUUCCGAUUACUUUAGAAAACAAUUUAGUAGUAAUGUGUCACAACUUACUCUUCGUUACGGAAUGAAUCCUCAUCAAAAACCAGCGCAAAUUUACACGACUUUGUCACAAUUGCCCCUUAAGGUUGUAAACGGUUCUCCAGGAUUUAUAAACCUUUGCGAUGCGCUAAACGCUUGGCAAUUGGUACGGGAACUUAAAAAAAGUUUAGGGUUACCCGCGGCUACUUCUUUCAAGCACGUGAGUCCAGCCGGUGCUGCAGUAGCGACUCCUUUAGAUCUUACACAGGCUAAAUUAUGUCAAGUGGAUGAUAUGCUUGAUACCUUGACUCCAAUUGCAACUGCUUAUGCCAGAGCUAGAGGAGCCGAUAGAAUGUCAUCAUUUGGAGAUUUUGUUGCUCUUUCGGACAUGUGCGAUGUUGCCACGGCUAAAAUUAUAUCUCGAGAGGUCUCCGAUGGAAUCAUUGCUCCAUCUUUUUCGAAUGACGCUCUCGACGUUCUUAGAAAAAAAAAAGGAGGAAAUUAUUGUGUUCUACAAAUAGAUCCUAAUUAUGAACCUGCCGAAAUGGAAAGAAAAGUUUUGUUUGGUUUAACAAUGGAACAAAAAAGAAACGAUGCCGUUAUUGACAAAAAUAUGUUUAUGAAUGUCGUCUCUAAAAACAAAAAUUUUAAAAAUUUUAAUCGAAGAAUAUUUUUGAUGAUAGUUUCCGAAGGUGGUUUGAGAGAUUUGAUUGUCGCCACGAUUGCUUUAAAAUACACACAAAGUAAUUCCGUUUGUUAUGCGAGAGACGGUCAAGUUAUCGGCAUUGGAGCCGGUCAACAAUCUCGAAUUCAUUGCACUCGUUUAGCAGGUGAUAAAGCCGAUAAUUGGUGGUUGAGACAACAUCCGAGAGUUAUGGGUAUGAAAUUUAAAAAAGGUGUUAAAAGAGCCGAAAUAUCAAACGCGAUUGAUAAUUACGUCAACGGAACAGUGGGGAAAGAUAUGCCAUACGAACAAUGGACUUCUUACUUUGAUGAAGCACCACCCCAAUUGACGGAAACGGACAAAAAAGAAUGGGCAAAAAAAUUAAAUCGUGUUGCUUUGGGAUCUGAUGCCUUUUUCCCAUUCAGGGAUAAUGUCGAUCGAGCUCGUUUGAGUGGAGUUGAAUACAUAGCUGCACCAUCUGGUUCGACAAAUGACGAAGCCGUAAUCGAAGCCUGUAACGAUCACAACAUAACUCUUAUUCACACCAACACCAGACUUUUCCAUCAUUAA